CGUACUAGGUUCCUAGCUAGCUGUCCUGGAUGUAAACAAUUGAUUGACCACAACAAUCUUGACGUUGUAGUUUAAUCUGCCCUUGAACUUUGUGACAGAUAGCUAUAUUUGCGACAUUAUACGACAUUAAUAGAGACACUUGCAUCCAACAACGUUCCCAGAUUGGUUGGUAGCAAACGUUAUACGAAGUAACGUUAGCUAGCUAUUGCCACAUCUUGUAUUUUUCAGUGGUUGACGUGUAACGUUAGUUGCUAACUAGUUAGCAAAUAAUAGCCCAUGUCAUAACAAGUCUGAUCUAAAGUUGCAGUGCUGUUGCUUUCAAGGAAAACGUCGUUCAUCUAAUGAGAAUGGUGCACAUUCUAAGAAGCUAAGAAAAGCACAAACACGACUGAACUACAGUGACAGGCAUCCGCUCUCGUCCCAGCCAUGGCUGGUCUCCUCCACAGAAGGUUGCGUCUGAGAACUGCUCUUAGGUGGAUGAGUCCCCUCAGCACUGCCUCACCUCCAGCCGUAGUCAGAACUUUACCCCCAGGUUUCAGCAGCAGCCUGCUCCAGACACCCAGGCCUGGGUCUUGUGGCGUCCGCUGUCGGGAGCUCCAUGCUGGGGAAGAGAGACCCACCCCGUCACCCACAGCUGCCCCAGAGAGGAGGCCUUUCUCCAGGGUAACUCCAGAGGACCUGGCCUUCUUCAGCAAGAUAAUACCAGGCAGGACCAUCACUGACCCAGAUAUACUGGAGGCCUGUAAUGUGGACUGGCUCAAGUCAGUGAGAGGUUUCAGUGAGGUUCUGCUGAGGCCCCAGACUACAGAGGAAGUUUCUCAGAUCCUUGGGUACUGUAACAGUCGUAACCUGGCAGUGAGUCCUCAGGGUGGUAACACAGGGCUGGUUGGAGGCAGUGUUCCUGUCUAUGAUGAGAUCAUCCUCUCUACCGUUCUCAUGAACAAUGUCAUCAACUUCGACUCUGUCUCCGGUAUUCUGUCGUGCCAAGCAGGUUGUGUUUUGGAGAGCCUGUCUCUUUACCUAGAGGACAGGGACUACAUCAUGCCUCUGGACCUGGGGGCAAAGGGAAGCUGCCAUAUAGGAGGCAACGUAGCCACUAACGCUGGAGGACUGAGGCUGCUACGCUACGGAUCCCUACGAGGGACAGUAUUAGGACUAGAGGUGGUGCUAGCAGACGGGAGGGUCCUGGACUGCCUAGCCACCCUGAGGAAGGACAACACAGGAUAUGACCUCAAACAGCUGUUCAUCGGGUCAGAGGGCACGCUGGGGGUCAUCACCGCCGUAACCAUCCUGUGUCCACGGAAACCUAAAGCCGUCAACGUGGCCUUCCUGGGCUGUGAGAGUUUUGAGCAGCUGCUGCAGACCUUCCAGCGGUGUAGAGGCAUGCUGGGAGAGAUCCUCUCAGCCUUUGAGUUCCUGGACAGAGAGUGUAUGAGACUACUGAACACACACCUGAAACUGGCGAACCCUAUCACAGACUGUCCGUUCUACAUCAUCAUAGAAACGUCCGGGUCUAACCCCACCCACGAUGAGGAGAAGUUGCACCAGUUUCUGGAGGAGGCCAUGACAUCAUCCCAGGUUAUCGACGGGACCGUAGCAACGGAGGAGGCCAAAAUCAAGGCUCUCUGGUCACUGCGUGAGCGGGUAACAGAGGCUUUAACUCAUGAUGGUUUCACAUAUAAAUACGACAUCUCACUUCCUGUGGAACGGAUCUACCAGCUGGUCACAGAUAUGAGAGAACACCUGGGAAACAGGGCCAAAAGUGUGGUGGGAUACGGACACGUUGGUGAUGGUAACCUCCACCUGAACAUCACCUCUCCUACCAAAGACCCCAACCUCCUGGCGUCCAUCGAACCCUUUGUCUAUGAGUGGACGGCCCGUUUCCAGGGCAGCAUCAGCGCAGAGCACGGCCUGGGCCUGAAGAAGAGGAACUAUAUUUACUACAGUAAAGCCAGCCUGGCUGUCGCUCUGAUGGGGAACAUUAAGACCAUGUUAGACCCCAAAGGCAUUCUCAACCCUUAUAAGACCCUGCCGGACGACCUGCAAUGACCAUAUUGCUCCUUACCUGAUUAACUUAAUAACUUAAACACCUGACCUGACCUUGACUCAACUCUCAUAAGACACUACCAGUUGACCUUUCACCUUUCACCCUGCACGACCAUACCCGAUGAAAUCAAUUAACCCUGACCCAAACCCCCCUCCAGACUACAGACUCAGACCACCUCCACUGCUGACUCCAGAGCCCAGAUCCACAAAACCUUCUUAACAAGAAAUGUCUUACUUGUUUUGCAUAAGAAGUGUUUUGUGAAUCUGGGCCCAGGUCUCUGGUAGGGUGUUAUUGUUGUGUAAAGAUACUAUAAGGCUUGUCUAGGUUAGGAUUCAAUCUGAUCGCGCUUUGUCGGCUACCAGGAGACAGGCCAGUAC